UGUGGACGCUCUUAGAGUCACUUGAGAACUCUGCUUUUGGACAAUGGUUCUAAUUUUCCUUUGGCUUUAGGGUUUCUGUCCGUGUACUUCAUUCUUUCAACAUAGUUGAGGAGGGAAUUCAAGAUUCCCUGUCCAUGGCGACUACCAGCGUUCAGGGGACAAUGAUUCGACACAUGGUAUGGAUCUCAAGACACUUACUUUUCAGUCUUCUCUCUUUCUCACCCUCUCUCCUCGUACUAACUGUGUUUGGGAUGUAUACCAUUGUCAGAAUCUCAUUUCUUGCUUUCGUCGAAUUAAAGCACGGAUUCAAGUUUGGUUGUUUGAGCUGAAAAUCUUGGAAAUGACAUCCCAAAUUGUAUUUGAUGGAUACACACAUUUGACUCUCCAUAAUGCUGAAGAAGCGAACAUCACUAGUAAUACAAGGAUGUCAUUGGGGAAGAUUUUUUGGAGUUGUUAUGGAAACUUAGAAUUUAGAGAUACUGGCACAGAGAAUAGAAGUAAAUUUAAUAACCUAAGUUACUGUAAAGGAAUUGAGUUUGAGAUAUCCUCUUCCUUUCCAACUAAUAACCCUAACAGUAAUCUUGUGGAAAAGUAUGACUUUGUUACUGGUGCUGAAGAAGAAAAUAUUCAAGGACAUAUGGUCCUAGACUCAUUUGCUGAGGCCCACAAUCCACAAUCUGAUUCCGAAAAAGAAUCAGAAGAAGAAACUGAUGAUGAUGAGGAUUUUGGGGUCUUGAAUUCGUUUAGAGCAAAAAGUAACCAUCAAACUUCAGAAGCUGAAAAAGUUACAGAAGUUGGUGAUGAUGAAUUUAGAAACCACCCUUUGGUUAGAGAAGUAUGUAGACUAAUUCAACAUAGGCAAGCGUGGAAUCCAGAUCUUGAAGGAAAUUUAAGGCAUUUAUUAAGAAGCCUCAAACCUCGGCAAGUAUGCUCAAUUCUCCGUAAUCAGGUUGAUGAGCGAGUUGCUCUAAAUUUUUUCUACUGGGCAGAUCGACAAUGGAGGUACCGCCAUGACCCACAGGUUUACUAUACUUUGCUUGAGAUUCUAAGCAAAACAAAGCUGUGCCAAGGUUGCAGGAGAGUUCUUCGGCUAAUGGUUCGACGCCGUAUUGAAAUGCAGCCGAAAGCAUAUAGGUAUUUGAUGAUUUCAUACAGCCGAGCAGGCCAAUUGAGGAGUGCAAUGCGUGUUUUAAAUUUGAUGCAGAAAUCAGGAUGUGUUCCCGACUUGUCUGUUUGUAGCACUGCAAUUUUCAUUCUGGUAUUAGCAAAUCAAAUGGAGAAAGCAUUACGGUUUCUGGAUAGGAUGCAGAGGGUUGGAAUUGAACCUGAUGUCGUUACCUUUAACUGCCUGAUAAAAGGCUAUUGUGACGUUCAUCGAGUUGAUGAUGCCUUGGAAUUGAUGAAUGAAAUGCCCCUAAAGGGGUGUAAUCCUGAUAAGAUCAGUUAUUAUACUGUCAUGGGUUUCUUCUGUAAAGAGAAAAGAAUAAAGGAAGUGCGAGAGUUGUUGGUGAAAAUGAAGAUGGAUGGUAACUUAAUGCCAGACCAAGUCACAUACAAUAAUCUUAUUCAUGUUUUGUCAAAGAAUGGGCAUGGUGACGAGGCUCUUGAUUUCUUGAGAGAAUCAGAAGAGAAAGGAUUUAGAGUGGAUAAGGUGGGAUACAGUGCAAUAGUGGACUCGUAUUGUCAGAAAGGAAAUUUGGGCAAGGCAAAAGAAAUUGUUAAUGAGAUGUUUACUAAGGGUUGUCUGCCGGAUGUUGUUACUUAUACUGCAGUUGUGAAUGGGUUUUGUCAGACAGGAGAGGUUGAUCAAGCUAAGAAGAUGAUUAAGAAAAUGUACGAGCAUGGCUGCAAACCAAAUACUGUAUCGUACACGGCAUUGUUAAAUGGGCUUUGUAGGUCAGGAAACUCAUCAGAGGCUAGAGAGAUGAUGAAUAUGAGCGAGGAGGAUUGGUGGACCCCAAAUGCCAUCACAUAUAGCGUUGUGAUGCAUGGACUUCGUAGGGAAGGGAAAUUGGCCGAGGCUUGCGAGGUGGUAAAAGAGAUGGUUACAAAGGGUUUCUUUCCAACCUCUGCUGAAAUUAAUCUAUUACUUCAAUCUAUUUGCCGAGAAGGGAGGGUUGAUGAGGCCAAGAAUUUUAUGGAAGAAUGUUUGAGCAAGGGCUGUGCUGUUAAUGUUGUAAAUUUUACAACUGUAAUACAUGGGUUUUGUAAAGAAGGUGAUUUGGAAGCUGCUCUUUCUUUGGUGGAUGACAUGUAUCUUAAAAACAAACAGCCUGACGUGUUUACGUAUACAACAUUAAUUGAUGCAUUUGGUAAAAGCGGUAGAAUGGAAGAGGCGACUAAGCUUACUGAAAAAAUGCUUCAUAAGGGAUUGCUUCCAACACCAGUUACUUAUCGGACCGUUAUCUCUCGGUAUUGUGAAAACGGGGAAGUGGAAGAACUAUUGAAGUUGCUUGAGAAAAUGCUGUUAAGGCAAGAAUUCAGGGCAGCUUAUAAUCAAGUUGUUGAAAAACUUUGUAGAUUUGGUAAGCCGGAGGAGGCUUAUAAGGCUUUGAACAAGGUUUUGAGAACAGCGUCAAAAACUGAUGCUGAUACGAGCCAUUUGCUUAUCGAGAGUUUCUUGGAGAAGAGACUUCCUUUAUCAGCAUACAAAGUCGCUUGUCGAAUGUUCAAUAGGAAUUUGAUUCCUGACCUGAAGUUGUGUAAGAAGGUGAAUGAAAGAUUGAUAUUAGAUGGAAAGCAAGUAGAGGCAAAGAGGCUUAUGAUGAGAUUUGUUGAAAGGGGACACCUUUCACCUCAGUGGGAGUAAAUAUACGGAAAAUGUAGAACCCACUGAUCUGUUACGUGUUUUCUUGGUUAAAUGAAAUGAAUACUGGGAGGUCUGUCAUUUUUGCA